CUCAUAUUAAAAAAAAAAAAAAAAAAAAAGAAAGAAAGAAAGAAAGCUUGUCUGUUGGCCUGACCUGCAGGGUGGAGUUCAGAGGGAAGGUCAGGAGCCUAGUGACAGCUCAAAAAAAAAAAAAAACCCAAAUACCAAUGUUGGCCCCUUUUGCCUUUCACGUGUUUUCUACACACUAAACUCACAUCUUGGGUUUGUAGAUCACUGCAAGCUUGGCUGGAGCUGUGGUGCUAAGGAGGGUAAUGGAGAAGCUUCUCCACCCUCAACCCCACCCCUUCCUUCCUGGAAUUCCCAGCCCUGACUUUAGAUCCCUCCCACAUUGGACCUUCAAAACCCUCAGGGCAGAGAGCAGCCCCACACUCCCUAUACCACACCCAUACUCAGCCCCUGCAGGCAAGGAGAGAACAGGCCAGGUUCCCGAGAGCUCAGGGAAUGGGCCUGGCUCUGGCCCCUGAUGCAGGAACAUGGAGCUGAUCCAGGACAUCUCCCGCCUGCCACUGGAGUACGUGAAGGGGGUCCCACUCAUCAAGUACUUUGCAGAGGCACUGGGGCCCCUGCAGAGCUUCCAAGCCCAGCCUGAUGACCUGCUUAUCAACACCUACCCCAAGUCCGGCACCACCUGGGUGAGCCAGAUACUGGACAUGAUCUACCAGGGCGGCGACCUAGAGAAGUGUAACCGGGCUCCCAUCUACAUACGGGUGCCCUUCCUUGAGGUCAAUGAUCCAGGGGAUCCCUCAGGGCUGGAGACUCUGAAAGACACACCGUCCCCACGGCUCAUCAAGUCACACCUGCCCCUGGCCCUGCUCCCCCAGACUCUGUUGGAUCAGAAGGUCAAGGUGGUCUAUGUUGCCCGAAACCCAAAGGACGUGGCGGUCUCCUACUACCAUUUCCACCGUAUGGAAAAGAUGCACCCUGAGCCUGGAACCUGGGACAGCUUCCUGGAAAAGUUCAUGGCUGGAGAAGUGUCCUACGGGUCCUGGUACCAGCACGUGCAGGAGUGGUGGGAGCUGAGCCGCACCCACCCUGUUCUCUACCUCUUCUAUGAAGACAUAAAAGAGAACCCCAAAAGGGAAAUUCAAAAGAUCCUGGAGUUUGUGGGGCGCUCCCUGCCAGAGGAGACCGUGGACUUCAUGGUUCAGCACACGUCGUUCAAGGAGAUGAAGAAGAACCCUAUGACCAACUACACCACCGUCCCCCAGGAGUUGAUGGACCACAGCAUCUCCCCCUUCAUGAGGAAAGGCAUGGCUGGGGACUGGAAGACCACCUUCACCGUGGCGCAGAAUGAGCGCUUCGAUGCAGACUAUGCGGAGAAGAUGGCAGGCUGCAGCCUCAGCUUCCGCUCUGAGCUGUGAGAGGGGCUCCUGGGGUCACUGCAGAGGGAGUGUGUGAAUCUACCCUGACCAGUGGGCUCAAGAAUAAAGUAUGAUUUUUGAGUCAGGCACAGCGGCUCACGUCUGCAAUCCCAGCGAUUUGGGAGGCUGAGCUGGUAGGGUCACAAUAGGCCACGAAUUUGAGACCAGCCUGGUAAAAUAGUGAGACCUCAUCUCUACAAAGAUGUAAAAAAAUUAGCCACAUGUGCUGGCACUUACCUGUAGUCCCAGCUACUUGGGAAGCAGAGGCUGGAGGAUCAUUUCAGCCCAGGAGGUUGUGGAUACAGUGAGUUAUGACAUGCCCAUUCGCUACAGCCUGGAUGACAAGCAAGACCCUCCCUCCAAAGAAAAUAAACCUCAAUUAAAAUAAAAUAUGAUUUGUGUUCA